AUGCGAUUCAAGACGUAUGCCAGGAGGACAAGGGAUCCUGAUCUCCCACUAAAGGAGGAUGAAGUUCUUGCAGAUGAUGCAGGUAGAAAGAAGAUAAAGAAGCCGCGCCAUGCAAAUUCAUUGGCCAUGGAGAUGCUGACAAUGGCGUUCACUUCAGCCUCAAUGAUGGGAAUGAUUGCUGAUGCAGUCAUGGUAGAUUGGCCAAGUGGCCUUGCCUACAAGAAGGUGAUUGCUACUCUGUUCAAGCAAUACAGACCUAGUGAUGUGAUGUCAAAGGUCGAGAUGAGACGUGAGAUGGAUCAAGUAAACAUGAAGAAAGAUAAUGAUCCAAACACAUUUUUUGAACAGAUCAGCCAAAUUGAGGAUAAGUAUGUCACCCAAAAGUUAAGUCUUGAGGACUUACUUGCAAUUGUAUUGGAUGCUGCACCUAUUGAAUAUGGUGCCACAAUCACAGCAGAAACGAGAAACAAAGGGAAUGCACUUACAUUGGAGAACAUCAGAGAAGCAAUGCAUGUGCAAUGUUGUAUCAUGUACCCAGCAGCAAAGACAAAGAAAACCUCCUCAGCCAAAGCAGUGGAACUUUCAUCAGUGGACAAUGUGGGUGAUAUGUUACUGUUGUAA